UUAAAUAUUUUUUCAGAGGUUAAAUAUUAAGUUUGAAAAAACUAUCUGAGGCAGAGAAGUGCCCACAGUAGAGACACCGACACUGAAUGUCUCCAACAUGAAGCUCACUCAAGUUAUUCUGUUAUUUUUGUGCUUCUAUUUAAGUUUUUGCAAGGUUAAAGACCAAAAACAAAAAAACCAGGAGGAGAUGGAGAAAGUAAAGGUCACUUCGACAUCAGGCACACCUCAAGAGGAUCUGGUGGAUAAAAAGUGCUUACGUGAAAAAUACACACAUCUCUCCUGCCAAAAAGUCUUCUGCCAACCAUGGCAGAGAUGCAUCGAGGGGACCUGUAUUUGUAAACUUCCUUAUCAGUGCCCGAAGGGGGGCGCCCCAGUGUGCUCAACUAAUGGGAAAAGCUACCCAACCUACUGUCAGCAAAAGAGUUUAGAAUGUCUUCAUCCAGAGACAAAGUUUUUAAGUAAUGGAACAUGUACAGCUAAUGGACAGUUUGAAGUUACCUUGAAGUAUGGCAAAAAGUAUUCAGAGGGAAUUGUUGAAGUAAAAUUUGCAGGCCAAAAUAAGACAAUGUUCAUAUGUAAUGACAGCUGGAGCAUAACCGAGGCCAAUGUGGCCUGCCUUGACCUUGAAUUUCAACAAGGUGCUAAUGAUACCCAAGGAAGUUUUCAUUUUCCUGAAGAUCUCCAUAUAAAUUCCACUGAAUGUCUUCACGUGCAUUGUCAAGGAUUCGAGUCCCAUUUGGCUGAAUGUACUUUUACCAAGAGAAAAGCUAAGAAUUACCAGGCUUUGGCCAGUGUGACAUGUUACACACAGAAUGCAGUUUCUCCAACAAAUAACUCCUUUCAGUGUGUCAAUGGGAAACACAUUCCUCAGAGUAAGGCCUGUAACGGGGACGAUGACUGUGGAGACCAAAGUGAUGAGCUGUGCUGUAAAGGGUGCCAUGACAAAGCUUUCCACUGUAAAUCAGGUGUUUGUAUUCCAAAACAGCAUGUGUGCAAUGGUGAGGUGGAUUGCAUCACAGGAGAAGAUGAAGUUCAUUGUGAAGGCUUUUCACAUGUGGCUCAAGAAGAAACAGAAAUUUUGACUGCUAAUAUGGAUGCAGAAAGAAGACGGAUAAAGUCAUUGUUCCCUAAACUAUCCUGUGGAGUUAAAAAGAGCACACCCACCCGAAGGAAACGAGUUGUUGGAGGAAAACCAGCAGGACCGGGAGACUUCCCAUGGCAGGUGGCCAUUAGGGAAGAUGGCAAGAUCAACUGUGGAGGAAUUUACAUUGGUGGCUGUUGGAUCCUAACUGCUGCACAUUGUGUCAGAGCCAGUAAAGUUCACCGUUACCAAAUAUGGAUAUCAUUAAUAGAUUGGAUAACUUAUAAUGCUGGGAUAGUUGUUCGGAUGGUCAACAAAAUUAUUGUCCACGAAAAGUACAAUGGAACCACCUACCAGAACGACAUAGCUUUGAUUGAAAUGAAAAAGCACGCAAGUAAAAAUAACUGUAUGCUGCCUACUACCGUCCCUGCCUGUGUUCCCUGGUCUCCAUAUUUAUUCCAACCUAAUGAGAAAUGCAUCAUUUCUGGCUGGGGCCGAGAUAGAGAUAAUGCAAAAGUCUAUUCACUUCAUUGGGGUGAAGUACGCCUAAUAGGUAACUGCUCUAACUUUUACCCAGGUCGGUUCUUUGAAAAAGAAAUGGAAUGUGCAGGUACAGAUGAUGGUUCCAUUGAUGCCUGUAAAGGGGACUCUGGAGGCCCCUUAGUCUGUAUGGAUGCCAACAACGUGACUUAUGUUUGGGGUGUUGUGAGCUGGGGUGAAAACUGUGGAAGACCAGAGUUCCCAGGCGUUUACACCAAAGUGGCCCAUUAUUUUGACUGGAUUAGCUAUCAUGUGGGACGGUCUCUUAUUUCUCAACACAAUGUAUAAAACUGUGACCUCUCUCUUCAUCCUUCUCUUUUUCUCUCAGUAGUUCCAUUUUAAUUGAAAUGAUACUGCAUAAUGUGGACUUCUCUAGAAAAAAAAUAAAGCAAAUUUUAUUGGA